CGGCCGGUAGGCGUGUCGCAGCAGAGGACCGUCUGAAGUUGCAGCCCGGCGGUUACAAUGAAACUCAUCAUUUUAGAGAACUAUUCUCAAGCCAGUGAAUGGGCUGCAAAAUACAUUAGGAAUCGGAUCAUCCAGUUUAACCCUGGUCCAAGCAAAUACUUCACUCUUGGGCUUCCCACUGGAAGUACUCCACUAGGGUGCUACAAAAAGCUAAUAGAAUAUUUCAAGAAUGGAGAUCUUUCUUUCAAAUAUGUGAAAACCUUCAAUAUGGAUGAAUAUGUAGGCCUUCCAAGGGAUCACCCAGAAAGCUACCAUUCCUUUAUGUGGAACAACUUUUUCAAGCACAUUGACAUCUCCGCUGAAAACACUCACAUUCUGGAUGGAAAUGCUGCUGACCUGCAAGCAGAGUGUGAGGCUUUUGAAGCAAAAAUCAAGGCAGCCGGAGGAAUUGAACUCUUUGUUGGAGGUAUUGGUCCAGAUGGUCAUAUUGCCUUCAAUGAACCUGGCUCAAGUCUGGUGUCCAGAACUAGAGUGAAGACCUUGGCUAUGGACACUAUAUUAGCUAAUGCUAGAUUCUUUGAUGGAGAUCUCUCCAAAGUGCCCACAAUGGCUCUCACAGUUGGUGUGGGUACAGUCAUGGAUGCCCGAGAGGUUAUGAUUCUGAUCACAGGAGCUCAUAAAGCAUUUGCUUUGUACAAAGCUAUUGAGGAAGGAGUGAACCACAUGUGGACAGUCUCUGCUUUUCAACAGCAUCCCCGUACUGUCUUUGUGUGUGAUGAGGAUGCCACUCUGGAACUUAAAGUAAAAACAGUGAAGUAUUUUCAAGGUUUGAUGCUCGUUCACAACAAGUUAGUGGAUCCCUUAUACAGUAUGAAAGAAACAGGAGCAGAAAGAAGCCAGUCCAAGAAGCCAUACAGUGACUAAUCUCUUAAGACUCUGGAAGCAGAACCUUGUGUUGGGAGAUUUCCUCCAUCACUUGUUACACGUCUACAAGAUCAUAACACAUUUUUACUCCAGUGUUGAAAAAAACAAAUUGACGUAAACCCGGUGGAGGCAGUAGCAAUGGACGCAGUAAUCUCCAAGAGGAAGGCGAACUACAAUUGUCCAUGUUUUAAUAAGCAAGACCAAAUGAAUAAAAAUGUGUCAGUUCUUCAUAAUAGAUCAUGUACUUUAAAGAGUCAUUUAAAACAAAUGAAUUUAGCAAGCUAUUUGUUUGAUUCAUAAAAACUCAGUAAGUGUCAAAUAAUGUACUUUUGCUACUAAUGUGGUUUUUCUACAUUAAAAGCAUACCUGUUUUCUAAAA